AUGGACAGGCGGUGCAUCGUUUCCGAACCUUUCAAACGAGAACAUAAACGCAAGCGAAUAUCUGAACUUGAAAUGCGCACCGGAGAAUUGCAGGAGAGACUCAAUUCAUCUGGCCGACGCGAUUCCUCGGCACUGUCAGAACCGACGUGGAAUGCGGGCAACACCACUGGACCGCGAAAUGCUGAGAAUGAGAGUCGACUUGCCUCAGUGGCCCCAUUUUUCAGAGACGCAACUAUCGCUCCAGUUUCUUACCGCUCCUUCUCGCAGGCCGCUGAAACUCUCCAGACACCGGAAAGUCUUCCACAUGAUCAGUCAGGCUCGGCCACGCUGUCGAGGGUCCUGGAGGGCCAAACAGUUGAUGCCAAAGACAUUGAUGCGACAUUCCAGAUAUUCUUCCGAGACUGUGCAAAUCUCAUGCCCAUCCUCGAUCCUUCAAUGACUCCUAAUGCAUGCUACGCGCUUUCACCUGUACUCUUCUGGGUUAUCGUCGGAGUCGGCUGCCGGACGUAUCCUAACAACCCUACCUUACUGGGCGUCCUACCGUCGAAGAUCAAAGCUAUGGCUCUUCUCUCUGUCAAUGGAAACAUCACCCUGUACACACUUCAAGCCUGGCUGAUUCUCUUGUACUGGCCAUUUCCCAAAUCCAGCACGGGUCAGGAUAUGAUCUUCCCAAUGAGCGCUGCAUUGUUGCACAUGGCCAUGCAGCUCGGCUUACACCUGCCGUCAUCUGGUCAGGACUUCAGCAAAGUCCGCCUGAGAUUAAGUGAGGAGGAGACAAAGAAGCGAGCAGCAACUUGGGGCUAUUGUAUGCUCAUAUAUCAGCGUUCUUGCUUGGCUAAAGGCAUGCCGGCGACGCCCAUCAUCGAUAUCCCCCAUGACCAAGAACAAAAGCGAACACUCUUUCAAAGCAUGAAUCCAAAACUCCAAUUCGAGCUCAAACUCCAAGAUGUCGUGACGAGAUGCUCAAUCGCGGUGUCUCAAAAUGGUGUGCGAACCAUGUCUGCCGACCAGGAACGCUCGUUGGACACUUUACUGGGCAUGUUUAAUGCACAGAUUGCCAGUGUCGGUCUCGAGUAUGCAACAGAUCUGGAUAGGCUUUACGUCCAUCUCGCAACACAGAGUAUCCAGUCAUUCAACCUCUACAAAUCUCCCUCCGCGCAGGAUCCCACCUCCCUCUACGACCUCUGUGUUACGUGCUGCCAAGUGAUUGAAACUUUUGACAACCUUGACAAGACAGGACAGAUCUCGCUCCCUGCUGCUCCUAUCUUCUUCUAUCACGGUCUUAUGAUGCCCUGCCAUAUUCUCCUUCGCCUUCUCAAGACUUCCUUUAUGCGCUACGUCAAUGCCGACAGAGCUCGGUCCGCUCUCUUUCUCGGGAUUAGUCUACAUAAGCGACUGUCGUUACAGAACGAUGACGUCCCCGCUCGGAACGGAGCCGCAUUAACGCAGCUGUGGAACAGUAACAAGGUCUUUCGCAGACCAGAUGGUACAGAGAUGGCGUCACUGCGCGUCCGGGGUCGUCUCGCUGGUAGUAACGUUCUAGACGGCAUUGUGUGGUGGCGAGAGGAAUUCGGCACAUUUAUGGGUAUUUAUCCACCGCCAAUCGGGGAUAAUAGAAGUGGUACGCACUACCUUGAGGAUUUUGAUGCGUGGGCUGUCAUGUUAUGA